GGACGUUUAUUGGAGUAAGCAUCAGUGCGGCCAUUUCAAGGGAACGUCAAUUGUUUGUAGUAUUUGUAAACAAAUAUUGAUUUUUAUGUAUUCGACGAUAUAUACAGAGGAACUGGUGUAAAAUUUCCAAGGUUUUGUUUUAAAAAGUAUUUUCUUAGAUAAAAUGGCUGAUGGUACUUCAACAGCUAAUGCCAGUGAAAAGAUGGCCACUUUGUUGAAAGAAGCGGAAAAUUUGAAAAUUAAACUUGAGGAGGAACGUGCUAAAUUAAAUGAUAUCAAUUUAUGGGCUGUAGCUGAGCGACUCGAACCGAUUGCUUUCGUCAACAUAAAACCCCGGAAGGUGUUGAAAGGUCAUCAGGCAAAAGUGCUCUGUACAGAUUGGAGUCCAGAUAAACGUCAUAUUAUUUCCUCAUCACAAGAUGGGCGUCUAAUUAUCUGGGAUGCCUUCACAACUAAUAAGGAACAUUUCAUAACAAUGCCUACAACUUGGAUAAUGGCUUGUGCAUAUUCGCCAUCAGGCAAUUUCGUUGCAUGCGGUGGAUUAGACAAUAAAGUUACAGUAUAUCCUAUCACUUCAGACGAUGAAAUGGCUGCUAAAAAACGCACAGUGGGCACGCACACCAGCUAUAUGUCUUGCUGUAUUUAUCCAAAUUCAGACCAGCAAAUUCUUACAGGUAGUGGUGAUUCUACUUGUGCAUUAUGGGACGUAGAAAGCGGUCAAUUGCUGCAAAGCUUUCAUGGUCAUUCCGGCGAUGUAAUGGCCAUUGAUUUAGCGCCAAAUGAAACCGGAAAUACUUUUGUUUCCGGCAGCUGUGAUCGUAUGGCUUUUAUAUGGGACAUGCGUUCAGGACAUGUUGUACAAUCUUUCGAAGGACAUCAAUCCGACGUGAAUACUGUAAAAUUUCAUCCCAGCGGCGAUGCAAUUGCAACAGGCUCAGAUGAUAGCAGCUGUCGUUUAUUCGAUAUGCGUGCUGAUCGUGAGAUAGCUGUUUUCGCUAAAGAGAGCAUUAUAUUUGGUAUUAACUCGGUGGAUUUCUCCGUUAGUGGUCGCUUAUUGUUUGCAGGCUACAACGAUUACACUGUCAAUCUCUGGGACACGCUGAAGUCUGAGCGUAUUUGUCUCUUAUAUGGACAUGAAAACAAAGUUUCUUGUGUACAGGUGUCACCAGACGGUACCGCACUUUCAACCGGUAGUUGGGAUUAUACUAUACGGGUUUGGGCCUAAGGAGUUUUGUGCUUACAAAUAUUGUUAUCUAUAUAUAAAUAUAUAUGUAUGUACAUUUUGUUAUUUUUGUUCAUAAUCUACUGUUGCGUUUUAAUUGAAAUUCACGAUGUUAUCACGAGUAUUAGCCACUUAUGUGUUAAUUAAAUAUUAUACAAUAAUAAAUUAUUAUAGUUUAAUACACUUAACUAGUCACAACAAA